AUGCCGACGGUGGCUGAGAUGACGCGAUUGGUGCUGACGUGGCAUCCUGACCUUCUGGAAGCUACUGUUGCUGAUGACGAUGCUUCUGAUUACAAUGAGGCUGAUGAUGCGGAGGGAGGGGGCUCGGCCGGCCUUGCUCGUCUGCUAGUGGCCGCCCUGAAGCCCGCCCUAGCUUCUUAUUGGGCGGAGGAGCGACGCCGAGCCGCAGCCUUUACGUCCGGAAGCACCACCGAGACUCGGCGACAGGUGCGGGAGGCAGUGGAGUCUCGAGUAAAUGCCAUGCUGGGCCAGUUGGUGCUGUAUGCACAUGGGGCAGCAGCUUUCAACUCGGAUGAGGAUGCAGCUACUGCUACCCUCAUCUCCCGGCACGUUCUCCGAACCUCGGCUUUCGAGCCUGUCGACCUGCUUCUGCACGCCGUGCUUCUGGACCAUGACGUCAUCACUGCCCAGGAUGACGCCAGCAGCACCAGCAGCAAUGGCGGAGGGAGCAGCGGGAGUGGGAUGCAGGCCGGGGAGCAACAAGAGAGCACUGGAGCAGAAGCAAUGAGCGAGGAAGGAGCAGGAGGAGGGAUGGGGCGUGAACAGAAAGAUAAGGGAGCAGCAGCAUCAGUGCUCGGUUCAACCCCAAUCAUCUACACGCCAGCACGGCGGGCAGCGUUAGCAAAGUUGCUGCCAGGCGGCGGUCCCAGGGAGCGGGCACAGAGGAUGAUAGCAGCACUGGAGGGCAAGGAGGUGGAGGCGGUGCUGCUGCCCCUGGAGGAAGUUGCUGAGAAGGAUCUCGGCAUCCGGCUCAAGCGCCCGGAUAAGAAGGCUGAGCGUGCGCUGCUCUUCUCAAUGAAGAAGAGCCUUCAGCUACAGCUGGAGGCAGAGGAGGAUGCUGUUGCAACACUGCCCCUCAUUGUGGCUCUUCUCUUCAUGCAGGCACACAACAGGGCCCUUCAGGCCCCCGGCCGCGCUCUCUCUGCCGUCAUCACCCAUCUCAAGCCCUCGCUCUCCCCUGCUGACUUCUCCUCUCUCUCCACCUUGCACUCUGCUGUUGUCGCUGCUCUUGGCAAGCGCGCAGCAGGGGGGAGAGGGCCGGCAGGGGGAGGUGAGGAGGGGAAGGAGGGAGGGGAGGAGCGGGUGGAUAUGGAAGCGUUGCUGAAGGGACUGAAGGAACUGACUCUGGGGAAAGCCAAGGAGGGAAAAGCUGGUGGUGGUGAUGAGUGA